AUACAGGCUAUAUUUAUCUGCUAUUAAAAUUUAGAAUUUUAGAACAAAAGUAUUUACUUAAAAUGCUUCAUAGCUAUUUGAUCAUUAAGUAUAUCCAAUUUUAAAGAAAUUAUUAGCACUAUGCAGUUUGUAUAUUAUAUGACUCAACAUAUUCUGUGAGAAUUUUUUCUCAGUAAAAAUUAUCAUAUCACGGUGGUUAAAAAAACAUAGUAAAAGAAAGAUAUGUCCGGCUGUAUAAACAUUAAAAACACCGACCGUUUUUUUGGUUGAUUGAUGGGUUUGCGCAACAGUAAAUCAUAAUUAUAAAAGUGCCCAUAAGCAUAAAUUUAAAAUUACGGGGCGCAGAUAUAUUGGAGGGAGCCCACCCUAACCGAAGAUCCGGCAGCCUUUGGUCAUUGGGUCAACACUACGCUAACCCUUUUUAGGUAGGGAUUUAUUUUACAGUACUUUUGAGACCACACCUUUAAAGAAAUCAACAGUUUUCAACAACAGGCCUAGGAGCACACUUGGAAUUCUUUUUUGAAAUUUAAGUACCGAUGACUACUUUUAAAACCGAAAACCGACACGGGUAUUCGGUAAAAUUUUCACCGAAUCGAUCAAAUCUCCUAGCCAUAGCCACGUCACAGUAUUACGGGUUUAAAGGCGGCGGAACGUUGUUUUUGGUGUCGUAUGAUGAAGACAGAUGUCUGAUAAGCAAAAAACAUGAAAUGCAUUGGGACGACGGAUUAUUCGAUGUGGUGUGGAGCAGAUCGGUGCACAGCUUACUGGUGACGGGCAGCGGAGACGGAUCCGUGCAGAUGUGGAAUUAUAAAUAUCCUCAAAAACCCGUAAGAACGUUUAAUGAACACAAGAAAGAAGUGUGCGGUGUAGACUGGUGUCAAAACUCCAUAGACGAUUUUUUGUUAUCCGCGUCAUGGGACUGUUCGGUAAAACUUUGGGAUCCCAACAAGUAUUGUUCGCUGACAACGUACAAGGGACACGACAGACUGGUUUACGAAGCCAAAUGGUCUCCGUUCUUGUCUUCGUGUUUUGCGUCGGUUUCAGGAGACGGGAUGUUGGACAUCUGGGACUGUUCGUCACCGCUGCGGCCGAGCGUCAAGAUAAAUGCACAUCAAGCGGAGAUUUUGAGCUGUUCGUGGAACCAAUUUUACCCGUUCGUAUUGGCCACCGGCGGGGCCGAAGGACUGAUCAGAAUAUGGGACAUUCGGAAAUUGUUAACGCCGAUAUUCCAGCUCGAGGGUUGCCAGGACGCUGUGAAGCGAGUUCAGUGUUCGCCUCAUCACUGGUCCGUUUUGGUUUCGGCGUCAUACGAUUGCACGACAAAGUACAAAAAAAUUACAUUUUAUUUUUUUUUCUUUAUAAGACAAUACUAUAAUAAUAAUAAAAAAUAUUUCGUAAAUUUAUGAAAACAAAAAUAGUGGAAUGUGAACGCUGCCAUCGUCGCACGUUACAGUACAAUUAUUAUAUUAUCAUCAUUACAAUUAAUUAAUACUAUAACACUAAUAAUAAUCAAUAUAAUAUUAUUAUAAAAUAAUAAUAUGUCGUGCGCGUAUAAUAAUAUAAUAUAAUUCGAUCAAUCAUUAUUAUUAUAAUCAUGUAUUUAGGAUAUGGGAUUACGGUGUGUCGUCGGAACCGAGUCAGAGCCACCAAAACCAUUCCGACUACGUGUACGGUCUGGACAUGAGCGCCGACCGGGACGGAUUGAUGGCCGACUGCGGUUGGGACGCCGAGGCGCGCGUGUUCCGGGUCUGAGAUGCAGCGACGACGACGACGACCGCGCCGCCGUCCGUCCACUGCGGCCGCACGUCAUGCAUGUUUUGUUUACUGGUCGUAAGCUUGGUAGAUGAUUGGCGGAGAGUUGGUCGGCGCCGUUGCGUAGCCCAAAGCGCUGGCUUUGUGGCCGGCCUGCGGCCUGGGUGCAGCGAAUCGGUGUGCGGCCGGCGCUUGCUUGACCUGUUGCGGAGGACUGCGAUAAUAACCGGAGAUCGGGUCGGCCGGUUGCGCCGCGGAUUCGGGUUCGCUAGCCUGUGUGAGGGGAUCGAAAAUAAAAUUAGCAAAUUGUCAACUACGUUUGUAUAAUUAUUACUUAUAUUCAUAUUAAUAUUAUUGUUAUAUCGCGACAUCGGUUAGGACCGAUGACCGUUAAUUGUUAACUUAUUUAUACACACAUAUAUUAUACUACCUAAAAUAUUGUUAUUAUCGUUUAUAAUAUUAUUAUUAUUAUUAUCAUUAUAUCGUUUUUUAUUGUGAGGUUUUAAAAAAAAAAAAAAAAUUGAUUGUUAUUGUGCGCCGCAGUGACGACGUGUUUGACGAGAGGGUGAGAAUCACUAUACGCUUACUGCAGUUGCGGGGAUUUGAUUACCUUAUAUUUUAAUUAUUCAUUUAAAAUAUUAGGCAUAUGUAUUUUUAUAAAACUGUGAAAUUAGAGAACUGUAUAAGAUAAAAAUUAUCGUUUGAAAAAUAAAAAAUAAAUAAAAGGA